AUGUUGAUCGUAUGUAGUUGGCAGCCUUGUAUGUUACUGUAUCUGCAUGCUGAAAAACAAUGACAGAGCUGAAAAUGGCGUCAAAGAAUCAAACAACUGUGGAUACUAGAGCGGAAUUGGCUGAAUUAGUGAAAAGAAAAGCAGAAAUUGCGGAUACAUUAGCUAAUCUAGAAAGACAAAUAUAUGCUUUUGAAGGAAGUUACUUAGAAGAUACUCAGCUGUAUGGAAACAUUAUCCGAGGAUGGGAUCGCUACUUAGCAAGCAACAAAAAUACAAACAGCAAGGCAGAUAAGCGUAACAGGAAGUUUAAGGAGGCAGAGAGACUGUUUUCAAAAUCUUCCAUUACAUCAAUGGCUGCUGUAAGUGGGCUGGUGGACCAAACACAGGACAAAGAAAGAAACAGUGAAACAGAAUCUCAGACUGGAAAUAGUGGAAGUGAAGACAACAAUAUAGGGAAGGAAUCAGGGAAAAAUAAUGUUAUAAGUGUUCAUCAUCUUGCUACAAAUGGAAGCAAUAACUCUACCCCAGGACCGGCACUCAAUGGCAGCUCAAGCAUGGACAGACCAGCAACUCCUACCAAAGAGACAGCCAGCAAAGAAAGCAAAACUAUGCAUCGUUCAGGCACAAAGAAAAAUGCAAAUAAAAAAGCAAGACAUCGAUGACAAAGUGAAGUAUGUUCAUUGAACAAAUUUUAAUAUGUAAUGGAACUGAUGUCAUGAACAUUUUGUCUUUAUCUUUUCCAUGGUUCGAAGGGUAUUUACAGUAUUUAUUUUAUACACAAAUUGUUAUAGCAUCACUCUGUUCCAUGAAUCACUGUUAAAUUUUCAUUCUUAAUUACAUGGCACUUAAGUUCUUUUUAGAUGUUGUAUGAUUUGUAUGUGCAAACCUUCAAAUAAUUUUCUGUAUUAUGUACAUUAUCAUUUUCUCUAAAAGUAUUAAUGGAAAACACCUCUCAUACUUCGCAUUGAAGAAUUACAUUUAGGAUGUUCACAGUAGACAAGUGAAUAAUUGAGCAUAAUUCUGUUAAUGAUGAACACAUCUUCAAAAGAAGUAAUUCAUCACUACAGCCCAAACAGCAUAAUGUCAAAAGCAUUGUGCUAAUUUGUUUCUUCUCAUUACAUCAUUCAUAAGGGUGUUUUAACAUGGAAUGGUUAGUGAUAAACAUUUGUGUUCAUUAGUGAAACCAUUACUGGAUGUGAUUGGUGUACUAUGAAGAGACAAAAUCAGACAUUCAUUUUCAGAUAAGAGUUUGAACAGUGUUUUUCAAAACAACAUGCAAGUUACAGAAUUAGUCAGAAGGCUUUCUUAUACACUCUGUGUUGAUAGCGAUGCAGAUCUUUUCUAAAGACGAUUACACAAUUUGAGGGUGCAUUGACUGUCAUUUAAUAAAUUUCUGUAGUCUUCUCAAAACAGCACAUACAACUUCAUUGUUUCCUUGUAUCUGUUCAUGAAAAUUCUAAUAGUGAUUCUUCAGUUUAAAAAUAAAAAUUGUUCUUCAUUAAAACUUUAGAAAAUAUCAGAGAACUGCAAUCUGUACAUUUAUUUUUGUAUACUUUGUAUUUCAGUUAGCAGGAAACUUAGCAAACAGUAUGUCCCAAAAUUUUCAUGCAUCUUGUGAGCAGUAGAUGUGUAAAGACGAACGUGAGUUCAGAUAUUUAAUGAGCUAUAGAAGUAUAAUUUAUAAAUGUAACUUGGUGUGUGCGUAUGACAAGUAUCAUUAGCUUUGUGGGCUGCUGUUUAAAAUGUGCUUGGCUGUCAGUGGAGGAUGUUGGGUAAGGUCUUGUAGAAGUAAUAUUAUGACAGCAUACUCUGUUAGACUGCUUUCUAAUUGGACGUAACUGCAACUUUUCAACAGCACUAUAUACAUUUUUAGUUACAAUGCAUUACUGGCAAGAAUAAUGUAAAACAAAUAACACUUUCUGUAGAUAGUCCUUGACAAAUCUGGCCUAACAUUUAAAAUCCACAGGUAAUUCGAUGGAUGGUAGACCAUAUAAGAAUAUGUUAUUACCUUCGUUUAGGUUUUAGUUGUCAGUGGAACCACAUGCCCAUGUUGUCAAGACCUACUGAUAUCUGCAGAGGUUAUCUUGAAACAGUAGUCUGGUGUUUGAAGUGAAUCACAAUGAAGGAGUAACAGGUAUUGAGAAAAAUUACUAAUGGCUCCAUAAAAAUUCUCUAAAGGUUUAUGAUGCUGGUUGAUUUGUACUAAAACUGUGUUAAAAUUUAAUCCGCAGUAUAAUUCUCACUGUGCAUUCCCCACUGUCUGAUGCACAUUAAAUGUACAUGGUUUAAGCACUUGCUGUAGUCUCAUCUUUAAGUGGCUGGUUAUGUUUAUACUGAAAGAUUUUUUUAUUUUGAGAUUCAUGGUAGUGGUUGGGAUUAAACUUAGGACCUUUAUAAUAAUUAAGUCAAUAUGCUAACCACUAGACCACUGGUACAGCUGCCAAAUGUGCACCAAAAUUAUAUCAACAGCAUUACUUUUAUUUCAGUUUUCUGGUUUAUAAUUUUAUUUACUUUUAUCAAAAAUAAUUUCAGCACUCUAAAACUUAUUCACUGAGACCAGUGUCCUCCAUGUAAAAUGUAAUUUACAAAGAAAAUUUAUGCACUGUUUUCCUCUUUCCUUUUAAUUUAAUCUGUAUAUUUGUUUUAUUGGUUAAAUUUGGAUAUUUUUAUUUUGUGUACCAUACUCUACAAACUGUUCACACAUUUUGGUUUAAAAUGGGAAAAUGUUUUUCUACAUAACAAUUAUAAAGUAAAGCUGUCUCACUACAGUCCAUGGAGGCACUUGGGGGAAAGACAGCAUAGCUAAUACUCAUUCUUGACCUCAGCACUAGAUGGGGAUAAAUGGUCAGCAUCACACCCUGGCCACACUUUACCCCCUGGUGAAAGGACUCCUGGAACCCAAUGGCUGGGGGGUUGGGUGAGCCCUAGAGCUGGUCUGGACACAGGCUAGAGGAAAGUUCCUUUGUCCCUGCCAGGGAUUGAACCCUGGUCAUCCAGUCUGUAGUCAAACACUAUACUAACUCAGCUAAUCCAGUUCAUACAUAAUGAUUAUUACUUGUAAUGAAUUUUUCUCAGGGUACGAACCUUGUCAGGUGGUUGAAUAGAGAAAACAGUUUUGAGAACCAUCUUUGUCCUUGUCUUCAGGGUAUUGAGGUUGUUGGAGUUCCUGUCCAUGCUCUAUAUAUACCUGCCCCAGCCCCAACGUUAAUAGCUGCAUGUUAGCCGAUCGGGACUGGUGUGUGGAGUGACAUUCGCUAUUUUUAGCUCAGAUUUCUGACAUCCAACCACCUGACAUGACUAGUAGUCCUAGAAUAAUUCAUUAUACUUAGUUGCCGUGAAAGCUUCAGAUAAUGGAGCUGAGUCCUUCCUCAGAAGCCAACAGUUGCUCAGCAGCUCAAGAAAUUCCCAAUAUUUUAUGGAACCCAAAGGUUCAUUACAGUGUUAACAAUAACCUACUACUGAUACCUAUUCUGAGCCACUUUAAUCCAGUCCAUACCACCCCACCCUGUCUCUCUUAAGAUCCAUUUAUUCUCCCACCCAUGUCUAGGUCUUCCUAGUGGUUUCUUUCCUUCUACUUUGCAAACAAAAACCCUUUAUGCAUUAGUCUUCUCUCACAUGCAGGCUACAUGCCCUGCCCAGCUUAUCCUCCAUGACUUGAUCUCUCUAAUUCUAUUUGGUGAUGAGUACAUCUUAUGAAGCUCAUCAUGCAUCUUUCUCAAGCCUCCUUGCAAUUCAUCCCAAAUAUCUGAACUUUGCCACGUUUUCAAAGGAUCCAUUAGUUAUCUUUAUGUUAUGAUUUUGCCCUGCAUUCUGGUGAUGAGAUAUCAACAUAUAUUUAAUUUUUUCUUGUGUUUAUUUCUAAAAUAACCACCUUACUAGCAUCAAUUAGAAUUCUGUUUUUGUCUUUAUGCAUACAUAAUGCUUUAAGCUGCAUAAUCAUUUAUGUAAUGAACAUAAUAUAUGUAUGUAUGUAUAUAUAUAUCAGCACAUUCAGAUUUCUGUAAAGCAUCUAUUCAUAGUUCUACUUUAUAAUAUAAUUAUAUUCAGUAUUCCUUUUCAAUAAAUUUAACUUCAUAUCUU